ACUUUAAUUUUUUACGCAGGCAAUAGUUCGGGCAGCUUGUCUGAUGCAACGAUACAAAGCCUGCGAGGCCUAUUCUCGUGUGGUUUGCAACAGCGGUAUUUCUUUAAAGGUAACUGAUUCAUGGUUAAAGCUAUAACAUCACAAUAAUGCGCAGAUUCUGAAAGUAUUGUGGCUAAUCCGGCAUAUGACGUAGUUGAACACCGACUUGAAAAUCAAAGGACCCAAGCAGCGUGCAGAAUAAUUAUCUUACAGGAAGAGGGUGCGUAUACAGGAAGCGGAAGGAGAGAGAAGGCUACGUACGGUAGUAGAAUCGUACAACACAAACAUGCCAAAAGUGAAGCGGAGCAGAAAGCCUCCACCAGAUGGUUGGGAGCUCAUUGAGCCAACCUUGGAUGAACUUGACCAGAAAAUGAGAGAAGCGGAAACUGAGCCUCACGAGGGAAAAAGAAAAGUGGAGUCCUUGUGGCCUAUCUUCAGGAUUCAUCAUCAGAAAACUCGCUAUAUAUUUGACCUAUUUUACAAGAGAAAAGCCAUCAGUAGAGAGUUAUAUGAUUACUGCAUCAGAGAAGGAUAUGCUGAUAAGAACCUUAUUGCAAAAUGGAAGAAGCAGGGGUAUGAAAACCUUUGUUGCCUGCGUUGUAUACAGACAAGAGACACCAACUUUGGAACCAAUUGUAUUUGCAGGGUCCCAAAAACCAAACUGGAAGUGGGAAGGAUCAUUGAAUGCACACACUGUGGCUGCAGAGGAUGCUCUGGAUAAAAGACUAGGAUUUGAUUUCUGACUUCUGCAUCUUUUAAGGCCUACAACUGAGAUUGUGUUUGAAAAAUUGUAUCUAUUCUGUCACAAGUCAUUUUAAUAUUGUGUUUUGUUGUUUUUAUAUAGUGUGUAAUAAACAUGACAUUUAAUGGAC